AGUGUGACAGCAGAUCGACCACGCGAUGUGUAGGUCUACGUGUACGAAGUCGCGUAUACGGUGCAUGCAAUCUACGAACGUUUCUCAGAUCUGGAGAAACGAAAAGGAGAAUAGUCCUGUCUGCAGCCCACUUUCUUGAAGCAUAUCCUCGCAAUUACUUACUGUAGCAAUGUCUCUGGACGAGGAAGUGGAUGCUGCGCUAGAUAAUCUCACGGAGAAGGAGCUUGCGGAGCUGAACGAACUCGUCGAUCCUGAGAAUGAAACCCUACCGGCUAGUGAUCGCCAGCGGAGUACAACCACCAAGGCGCCGACUGGCGCCUAUGAUCGGAGCAAGCUGCUUGAACACAUGAAAAGUUCAGCGGAGACCUCGACUGUGGGCAAGGACUGGGUGGGCUACGACGGUAAGAAGAAGGGCAAAGUCUUCAAGACAGCUGACCAGUCGAGCCCGGUCGGCAGCAAGAACCUGGUGGCGGCGACCAAGUCGACGGGCGAUGCCGAGCUCGACGCUCUCCUGUCGCAGGUCAACGGCCAGGAGAUGGACGAGCUGGCCGAGACCCUGGGACUGCACGGCCUCACGUCGCAAAGCUCCGCACAAAGUCGCCUCUCCAACGGUGGCGGCGGUGGCGAUACAGCUCAGCUCGGUGUGAGACCGGUGAAGGCUGCCACUUACCCGGGCAGCGAGACCGACGGCAAGGUGAGCUCCCCUCCACCUCAGGACACCAACCUGGAAGAGUCGCUUCAGCUGCUCUCGGCCAACGACCCGUCAUUGACCAAGCUGUGCCUCAACAAUCAUGAACUGGUCAAGAGCAACCACUUGAUGGACAUUGGCCGUGCCGUGCUGACCAACAAUCACUUGACCAUCCUGCAGCUUGCCAAUACUGGCUUUGGCGACUCGCACGCCAAGGCAAUAGCUGAGGCGCUGGACUACAACCGCACGCUGCGUGUCCUCAACCUGGAGUCGAACAAGAUCACCGCGCACGGCGUGACCAAGAUCAUUGCGGCGCUCAAGGAGAACACGUCGCUCGAGGAGCUCCGGCUGAACAACCAGGUGGCGACGUCCGGCAUUAAUGCCGAGACGGAGCUUGCCGAAAUGUUAGUGCACAACCGCACUCUGCGCAAGGUUGGCUUCUCGUUCAAGAAUGCCGGGCCUCGCGCCAAGAUCGACCGCCUGCUGCUACGGAACAACGAUAUUGCCCGGCAGAAACGUCUUUCCAACGACCAAGUCUCGUAUUCGUAGCUGCUCAUGGUUAGCCGAUCUGUUUUUUGUCCGGUGUGUUGUUUUGUUGUUUUCGUCCACUCUGCACAGAACCCCAGACGUACACAUGUGCUCGUUCUAUCAAAGUCUUAACUCUCACCCAAAUCGUGUAAUAUAUAUUUUUUUACUAUCCAGCUAGCGACAUAGCAGUCCCACGAAGUGCUACACGUUUUCCUCGGCUGGCAUUUCCGGAAACUCGAGCUUUUUGCGUGCCAGCCGCUUUCUCCCACCCGUGCAGCGGUUUGCCUCUCCGGUCAGGGGCUCUCUCACACCCCCCCGACAGAUUUUAUAUUGUUGUUAUGCUGUGAAGGUUGCGCUCUUCUCUGUCCUUUUUAUACCUUUUCAGUAUCUUUCAGCCGUUAUCGUUAUCGAAUGUUUUAGGUUCUUGGCUUUGGGGCAGCUACAAAGACACUAUAUUUACUAGGUUCAGAAGAACUUCUGCGGACCGUUUUUUUGUCUGCUCCGAAGUGCCUUUUUAGUCUUGAUAUUCAUAUCUCAUCCAUGUAGAGCUGUACAUAUUCAUGUGUCACUGCAACUAGGUCAGAUCAGUGUUCAACUACUGUC